UGCGGCGCACACGGCCCCGGCGCGCCUCGGCCCAUGCUAACGAGGCCCAGAACGUGAGCGGGAUUAGAGCGCCGCGCAGGAGCCGGAGCUGCGCGGGCGGGGGCGGCGGGCGGUCCUGGCACCCGGGACCCGGCCUCAAAAUGGCCACACGCGUACCCCCAUAGCGGAAAAAACACCGCCCAGGACCACACCGCAGCCUAACUGCUAGCCUCUCAGCCAGAGGGGAGAGCAAAGACCCCCAUCCCCAACCUAGACCUCGGCUCCGCCCUCCCCCGGGAGAAGUGAAGAUUCUAUCCGAAGGGGCCUGUCUCUCUAAGAUGCCCCAGGAUGACGGAGCGGCCGCCGAGCGAGGCGGCACGCAGUGACCCCCCGGUAGAGGGACGGGACGCGGCCGAGGCCCGCAUGUGUGGAAACCAAGACGAGGGAGUGCACCGCUUUGGAGGUGCAGACGUGUGGCUGGGUGCGAGUAGAAGCCGGGUGUGCUGCGUGAUGGCGUUUGGGUUCUUUGGGGAGCCUGAUGCCUUCCCAGUGUUCACCACCAACAGAGUAAAGAGGAGACCCUCCCCCUACGAGAUGGAGAUCACCGAUGGUCCUCAUACCAAAGUCGUGCGGCGCAUCUUCACCAACAGCCGUGAGCGAUGGCGGCAGCAGAACGUGAACGGGGCGUUUGCUGAACUCCGCAAGCUGAUCCCCACGCACCCCCCAGACAAGAAGCUCAGCAAGAAUGAGAUCCUCCGCCUGGCCAUGAAGUACAUCAACUUCCUGGCCAAGCUGCUCAAUGACCAGGAGGAGGAGGGCACCCAGCGGGCCAAGCCUGGCAAGGACCCUGUGGUGGGGGCUGGUGGGGCUGGCGGUGGGGGUGGGGGUGGUGCGCCCCCAGAUGACCUCCUGCAGGACGUCCUUUCCCCGAACUCCAGCUGUGGCAGCUCCCCGGGUGAGCACACAGCCCGCAGUCUCCAUCCUGCCAUGCUGCCCGCCACUGAUGGAGCCGGCCCUCGGUGAUGGGUCUGGAGACACCUGGGAUCAGCAGGAGGGUGCCUUCAGGCUACUGGGAUGGUGGGCUUCAGGGUGGGUGGGAUGCGCAUUGGGCAACUCUGAAGCAGGAUGGUGGACUUGAUGAACUUUGCUUGAUGUCUGAACUUUGGGAAGCCCUAACGACCCCUGGGGCUGGCUUUUCUGUUUCCUGCCUCAGUGGGAGAACAGGAAAAUGGAGCAAGUGGUAGGUACUUUCUAUGAAGACGGCACGGUCCUCCCCUCCCCCAAUCCCUAAGAAGCUCGGUGUCACCGCUUUUGCCCUGGAGUUUGGGGAGCCUUGUCUUUGCUGAGACCUAGGGUUGUCAGCUCUCACCCGAGGUGUCCAACAGCCUCUGCCUUGCCUUUAGUCCCUCCCAAGCUGGUGGGAGUGGCUUCGUGGCCACUUCUGUCUGAAUAUAUAGGUACCCAAUAGCUGCCCAUUUCUUGAGCCCCAUCUUCACCCAGGCCCCUGUUGGUCCUCCCAGCUCGCCGGCUGCUGCAGAGUCACAGCCUCGAGGUGCCUUCUUCAGGGCCUGGUGAAGGAAGACGGCCAGUGGACCUUCUGCUCUAAACCAGCUGGGCCAGCAGGUCCGAAAAUCCAGUUGCCCCUACUUCCUGCCCUGGGGAGCGAAGCUUUGCUCUGAGCUUUGCCUCCCUGAUCCUGCAGCUGUAGGGAGUGGGCCUGACGCCCUGAGCAGGUCUCGUGGGGCUUUGUGUGAAGGCAGAGAGAGGGAGAAUGAUUGUAGACGGAAAUCGAGCAAGAGAGAUCUUCUACAUUGUCGUUCUUGUUGGUGAGCAAAUGCCAGUGUGCUGAUGGGCACACAUAUGUGCCGAGGACACAUGUAUGUGCUGAUGGGUGUCCUCCUGGGCGCCCUUUUAGAUGCUUAGAGGAAUUCCCGUGCUGUAAGAUGUUUGUCUGCCAAGAGCCUGGUCAGUGUCUGAACGGAGCGUAAACUCUGUCCUAGGAAAUCUUUCGUUGGGAAUUUUGCUUGAUCACAGUUAUUGGUGGGCUCUUUAGUCUUGAUAUGAUCCAGGAAACACCUCCACUUCUAGGCAUGGGAAAUCCAGUCAGAGACCCAAAUCUACAUACGUUCACUUAGCAGAACUUUAAACACCCCUCCGCUGUACAUCUUUCUGUCAUCAGGGGUGUGAGUGGAAGGCUGGUGUAAUGCAGUAGGAGUGCUCCCUCCGGAAGUUGUACAUGGAACUUUUGUAAAUCAGAUCCUUACCCUUCAUCUUUGAAAAACAUAACUGCCACAAGUCCUUUUGUAAAGUGAAGAAUCCUUUUGUAGAGUGGAUGACUGCCCCCUUGUUUAUCUCCCGUGUCAACCCAGAAGGUGGGAUGUGGUUUUCUUGACGCUAGGUGGCCUGUGACCUGCUUUCUGAGCCUAUUGGACACACCACACAAAAGUCCUGAAUAUCUGUCAUCGUACCCUUAAGUCUUCCUAGCCUUGUUCCUUCAGGCUCUUCCUUUUAGGUCACCAGGGAAAUAGCUAUGGCCCUGACCUUUUGUGCAGAAGCCCAUCACUGCGGCUGUCAGGAAAGCUCUCUCAUGUUUUGAGUUCCAUCCUAGUGACUUGUCCUUUCUAUAAUGGGGCCUUGGGUACCGCCAUGUGGAGGUAGGAAUGAUCUCUGCUUCCCACCCAUUCCUCCUUCCUCUUUUUUAUUUUAUUUUAUUUUUUAAAGUUUGCUGUAGGGUACAAGCGCUUGCCAGAGAGACAGAAAGAGGGAAAGUGAGAAAGCACCCCC